AUGAAAAGCAAAUGGACGAUGGACAGGCCUCCCGCCCCGCCGCCCCCCAGUGACCCCCGCGAUGCCCGCCCCGCCCGGCGGCACGACUCGGAAGCGGAGCCCACGAGCGAGCCCGAGAGCAGCCGCGGGGGCAUGGAGGCGCCGGCGGACCCCCAGCUGCUGCUCAACGGGGCGGCCAAGGAGGCGGGCCGGCCCUCCCCCGGGCCCCCCGCCGCCGCCGUGCCCGUCAUCGAGCUGGUGCGCAGGGGGGGCUCCCUGGACAUAAAAAGCCGUGAGGCGGCGGGCGAGGCGAUGCAGAGAGCGCCGGGAGCCGAGCCGUGCCGCGCCGCCGAGGCCGCCUGCGAGGCCCGCAUGGUGCAGCUGAGCCCCCCCGCGCUCCCGCUGCAGCCCCCCGGCAGGGCCAUGCUCUACAACCUGGGCCAGCCGCUGGCCACCAUCAACAGCGGGUUUUUCGGCGAACCCGACUCCUUCUCCAUGUACGGCAGCAACCGGGUGAAGCGGAGACCGUCUCCGUACGAGAUGGAGAUCACCGACGGCCCUCACACGAAGGUGGUUCGUCGCAUCUUCACCAACAGCCGGGAGAGGUGGAGGCAGCAGAACGUCAACGGGGCCUUCGCGGAGCUGCGCAAGCUCAUCCCCACCCACCCGCCCGACAAGAAGCUCAGCAAGAACGAGAUCCUGCGCCUGGCCAUGAAAUACAUCAACUUCCUGGCCAAGCUGCUCAACGACCAGGAGGAAGAAGGAAACCAAAGGGGCAAGGUGAGCAAAGACUCGGGGAUAGUCCAGGAAGACCUCCUGCAGGACAUGCUGUCCCCCAACUCGAGCUGUGGCAGCUCUCUGGACGGGGCGGCGAGCCCGGACAGCUUCACGGAAGAGCACGAGGCGCUGGACUCGAAGCACACGCGCAGCCUGCACCACGCCAUCCUCCCCGUAGAAGGCAACGCGCAGCGGUGAUGACCCCCACGCUGCUCCCCGAGGGCCACGGGGGACAGGCCGGGCCUGUGCAGCUGCUGGAACUUGUGCCUGUGGGAUUUGUGACUCUGCCUUUCCCCGGGAGCUCGCU